CGCGCAGUACUCGCACUCGCAUUCGCAGUCCGCGGCCCAGGCACCAGAUGGAAACCAGUUAGAAGACAACUUUCAUUCCAAGCAGACGUGUCAGGCGUACGGUUCGCGUUCGGGUCGGUUUUAUUUCGCUUCUCAGCGUACUCUUGGCAGGCAGCAGGCAGUGGUGUUAACUCCGUUAAUAAUAUCCAAUAUCUAUGUGGACACACAUGCACAUGCAGCAGGCGAGCCACAUAAACGAGUAAUAAGUUCACGUUCAUAGUAAUAUACAUUAUCAUCAUCAUCAUCAUCUUCACCGCCGUACCGAGUACCUACCAUAAUAAUUAUGCGGUGGAAAAUCCAAUGUGAAUGCAAAGUGAAAAUCUAAUGAACGCUGAAGUCGCUGCCCCUCGGGCCUCACGCUAUAUGUUCACAUGGUAUGGUGUUGUUCAUGCAUACACCUCAUCUCAUAUAUAUGCAUAGAGGAGAGAGAGACAGAGAGAGAGAUAGAGAUACAGAUACGUAUCUGUAUAAAUAUAUAAAUAAUCGUCGAGUGUAUGCAUAAAUUAAUCGAUGCUGACGAUGCUACAGCAGCCUCCAAGCUAAUCAACGACCAACGGCAUCCAACAGCCAACAGCCAAGCAUCAACCCCAAACACACUACCCGUACUACCCGUAACUCCGGCCAAAAAACGUCAGUAAAAACCGCAUCGGCCGCAGUAACAUUUAAAAACCGCCAACAGCAGUCAAUGUUUUGCUGCAACACAGUACAACCACCACCACCACAGCUGUUCAGAUCUUCAUCGUCGCCGUCGUCGUUGGGUAGCCGCCGCGAGGUGGACGCUUUCAAAAGAGCCAUGACUUUUUCGUAUCCAAUGUCCCCCAUUAUGCUGCUGCUGCUUCUGCUGAUGAUGCUAUGCACAGCCGGAAAUUGCCAAAUUUGUGGUCCCCCGGCGGUGCCGCUGAAUGCCAAAGUGCGAACCGUUGCCGGCGAGACCGGAAUAUCGGAGGCGCACUACGAAUGCGAUGCGGGGUACGAGCUGUUCGGAUCUCCAUCGAUAAAGUGCGAUGCACGGAGCGGCUGGGACCGAGAGCUGCCCUUCUGCGGUGUUAAUGUGGCUUACCGCAAGCCGGUCAAUCAGAGCUCCUAUACGCGCAGCGGUCCAGCGAGCUAUGCCAACGAUGGCAAGCCGGGGAACAAGAAUCCCGAUGGCCAGGAGUGCUCGGAGACACAGAAGGAGCCGUCGCCCUGGUGGCGCGUAGAUCUCCUCACACCGCAGGCGGUGCACGUGGUGCGGAUAACGACGCGCGGCUGCUGUGGCCACCAGCCGUUGCAGGAUCUCGAGAUUCGAGUGGGCAACAGCAGUGCGGAUCUGCAGCGGAAUCCGCUCUGCGCCUGGUAUCCGGGCACCCUCGACGAGGGCGUGGUCAAGACAUUCACCUGCGCCCGUCCGCUGGUGGGCCAGUACGUGGCCAUCCAGCUGGUGGGCGUCGAGGGCAGCCUCAGUCUCUGCGAGGUGGAGACGUUCACCAACGACGAGUUCUCCAUGGACCGCUGCCUCAGUCCCAAGCUCGGGGUGGACACCGUGGUGACGACAUUCUCGAAAACCUGCUACGACUUUCAUAUCACCAAAGGAGAAAGCUUCGAUAAGGCACAAACCAUUUGCCAGCAGACAGGCGGCGAUUUGGUUCACGACUUUCGGGGCGCCACCAGCGCAUACAUUCUGUCCGAGCUGGAACGCCGCAAGACCGAACUGAAGCCGCAGCUUGUCUGGAUCGGGGCUCAAAAAGAGCCGGGCAUCACCUCCCGCACCUGGAAGUGGGUGAAUGGCGAAGUUGUAAUGAAACCCACUUGGGGCAAGGAUCAGCCCAACAACUACAAUGGCGAGCAGAACUGUGUGGUACUCGAUGGCGGACGCAAUUGGCUGUGGAACGAUGUGGGCUGCAAUCUGGACUAUCUGCAUUUCAUCUGCCAGCACACACCAUUGUCUUGCGGCUCGCCGGAUGCCCAGCAGAACACCACUGUCAUGGGCAAGAAGUUCACUUUGGGCGAGAAAAUUCAAUACGAUUGCCCCAAGGGUCAUUCGCUGCUCGGUCAGGCGGAACGAGACUGCCGCCUCGAUGGCACUUGGAGUGGCUCGGCGCCAACCUGCAAAUAUGUUGAUUGUGGCAGCCUGCCGGAGCUUAAGUUCGGCUCCAUACACCUCUCAGAAGAGCGCACCAGCUUCGGUGUGGUGGCCACAUACAGCUGCCACGAGAACUACACGCUGAUUGGCAACGAGAAUCGCACCUGUGAGGUGGAUGGCUGGAGCGGCAAGCAGCCAGAGUGCUUGGUGGACUGGUGUCCGGAUCCACAGCGCAUUACAGGGGGAAAUGUACGCUUCAGCGAUAAGAGGGCCGGCUCCACGGCCACCUAUACGUGCGAGCCGGGCUAUGUGCUCGUUGGCGAAGCAAUUAUUUCCUGCGGCCUGGGCGGCGAGUGGUCCAGCAAGACGCCCUCCUGCCGAUUCGUUGACUGUGGUGCUCCGGCGCGACCCGAUCGCGGGAUAUCCAUACUCCUCAACGGCACCACCACUGUCGAUUCGGUGGUAAAGUACGAAUGCGACGAGGACCACUGGCUGGAUGGGCCGACAGAGCUCUAUUGCACCAGGGAUGGCAAGUGGUCGGGCGAGGCGCCCGUCUGUGAGUUGGUCACCUGCGAGACGCCCCAAGUGCCAGCUGGUUCCUUUGUCAUUGGCUACGACUACAAUGUGCACUCGAAGAUCCAAUACAACUGCGAUCCCGGGCACAUAAUGCACGGCAAUCCAGUGCUGGAGUGUCUGGACAGCGGAGAGUGGAGUUCCGAUGCCCCCGACUGUGAAUACAUUGAUUGUGGCCAGAUAUUGCCUAUUCCAUAUGGAAGCCACAAGUAUGUGACCAACACCACGUACGUGGGCUCCGAGGUGGUCUUCAGCUGCUCCCAGUCGCAUAAGCUUAGCGGAGUGGUGAAGCGUCAGUGUCUGGAAUCGGCCGUCUGGAGUGACGUCUCCCCCAAAUGCGAGGAGAUACGCUGCACUGAGCCGAGAUUGGCCACUCAUAGCCUGCUGUCCGUCACAGGAAACGAUCGCAUGUACGGACGGACACUCAUACGCACCGCAGACUCCACACAGAACACGGCCCAGACCUACAAAAUUGGUGCCCUGGCGAAAUAUCGCUGCGAGCGGGGCUAUAAAAUGGUGGGCGAGGCCUUGGCCACCUGCACGGACAGCGGCCAAUGGAGUGGCAUCAUUCCGGACUGUGUCUAUGUUGAAUGCGGUGCACCCGAGAAUAUAACCAAUGGAAAGGUUACCCUGGCCACAAACGCCACCUACUAUGGGGCCGCCGUGCUCUACGAAUGCAAUGUGAACUUCAAGCUGAACGGUGUCUCCCGGCGACUGUGCACAGAGCAUGGCAACUGGAGCCACGAGGCACCCGAAUGUGUGGAGGUUGUCUGCGACAUGCCGAAUAUCAAUGAGAAUCUAAUUGUUGAGGCUGGCACUCGAGCCGUGGGCUCUGUGGCCACCUUCAAGUGCCUCAAGGGACGCACCAUGAUUGGCAAUGAUACGCGCAUCUGCCAAAAGAAUGGCAAAUGGGCGGGCAAGAGUCCCACCUGUAGGCCCGUCGACUGUGGACGACCACUAGCCAUCGAGAACGGGCGUGUGAUUGUGGUAAAUGACUCCACGCUGUAUGGCGGCUCGGCCGAGUAUCACUGCAUUCCCAAUUACAAUCGCAUUGGACAGUAUCUGCGCAAAUGUACCGAGGAUGGGGCCUGGAGCGGCAAGCAGCCGCACUGUGAACUGGCCGCCGUGGAGGGUCCAGAGACCUCGGAGCUGGGCACUGGCGUGGGCAUUGGAGCCACAAUCAUAGUGGCUUUGCUGGUGGUCUUUGGUUUGAUUUUCCUGUACCGAAACAAGGCGCGACCCGUGAAGAAUACGGAGAAUGUGCAGGCGGCCGAGACGAAAGACGAGCGCAAUGCUGCCGUCAUGUCGUACUCGACGCUGGAGGCCAACAAUCGCAUGCACAUGGACAACAAUCCAUCGGCGGCCACCUUCAACACAUUCCAAGGCGGUGUGGGGCGCAAUAAUACAGGCGGUGGUGGUGGUGUUGGUGGGGCGGCCGGAGCCGCAAAUGGCGAAAGACUGACCAACAAUCGCUCAGAGAACAUUUACGAUCAAAUACCAAAUGAGCAGUUCUAUGAUGCUCCCUACGAGAUGCGAAGCAAUGACGAGGUAUACGAACCAGAGCCAGUGGCCAGCAAUGUGAUCACCAUCAAUGGCAUCUCUGUGAGAUAAGGCGGGAUGGGAUAGGAUGGGAUACAUCGAAGAUCGAUCGACAAGAGGACUAACCUUUAGUUUUGUGUUAAUACCUGUAUAUAGUAAAUGUUUAAGAAGAGGUCUUGAUCGCUUUUGUAUGUACUGUAUACUACCCGUACCAUACCAUACCAUAUCAUACUAUACCAUACCAUACCAUACCAUAGUUAUAUAUACUAUAUACGAUAUAUAUAUUAUCUAUAAAAAACAACUGUUGAAUAUGAACUUUUGUAGAGCGACGCUCUGCACACACCCUAUACUCGUAUAUAUUUGGAUUGUAUUUUUUUGUGCGUGUGUGUUGCUUAAAUUAUUUUAACUAUUUUAGUAUGUUACAACAGAGUGUACAAUGUUUUGUUAUAUGUGUGUAAAAAGCGUUUAAUAUUAAUGGAAAACAAUAAUUAAAGCAAAUGUGUGGUUAA